AUGACCCUCGCGGAGUCGCAGCCUCCUUUUGAUUCGCACCGCGCAUGUCAUGCGGAUGGCAUCUUGGACGUUGCGCGCGCUCCAGCGCCGAAAGCUAUUUCUGCGAUCGGCGGUUCACAGCGCGCCGACCCUGUCGCUAAUGGCUCUAUGUUUUCGCAGGAUGUAGUCAGCGAGGGAGAGAAAUGCGGCGGCAAUGUUUCGCACGAGGAGCUGAUUGGUGGGCGAUACCGUCGCAUCCGUCGCGUCGGCGCGGGGUCGCAGGCUGUCGUGUGGGAAUGCGAAGAUGUUGUAACAUCGCAGCGGGUCGCAUGCAAGAGCUACGCGAUGGCGCAGGCUCCGAUGCGCGACAUAGCGGCGGAGGUGCGAUCGCUGGAGAUCGUGGGCGACCAUCCGAACAUCGUGCGACUGCACGACGUGAUCGUUGGGCGACAGGGAAGCAGCCGAGCAGGCGGAGUAGCAUGCGAAGCGACAGGCGGAGCGGCAGGCCGAGUAGCGGAAAAAGGAGCAGGUGUAAGGGCAGGUAAAGCAGCAGAGGUAGUUAACUCGUGUAAGCAUGAUAACUCAUCCGCGCCUCCGAUUUCCGCCGCGGCAUCUCAGCCGUUGGAUCCAUCCAUUGACGCAAGCGUGCACGUGCUGAUGGAGCUGGUUCCCGGCGACGAUCUCCUCACGGAGAUUCUGCAGCGCGGCCCGCUUGCCGAGCCACUCGCGUCGGCUUUGUUCCGGCAGCUCGCAUCAGCCGUCGCGUACUGCCACGCGUCGGGGGUGAUGCACCGGGAUAUCAAGCCGGAUAACGUGCUUCUGCUGCGGCCGCCUAAUUCCGCCCCCAGCGGACCUCGCAUUGCGACCAGCCUUGUGAAGGAACAUGCGACAUGCUGCGCGACGAGCGUAGCGGCGGAGAUCAGUGCAGGUACAGGGACGGAGCAUGCGGCGGAGAUCAGUGCGACGGUUGCGAGGCAAACGGGAGGAGCAGCAACCUUCGCGCGAGAAACAGCAUGUGGAACAGCAAGCGGUGGGGCUCGAGCACCUGACCUGCCAAUCUUAGAACAACCACGAAGGGUUACGCCUUAUAAGGCUGUAUUGAAUGCCGCAGCCGCCGCGGCCACCGGAGCGAGCAGUGCCGCGUUGCCGCCAGCGGGCGGAGGGAGGAGGGCCGCGCGGGAGCCUCGCGCGGAGGAGGGGCUGUGGGGGUGGCUCAUCGGCGCGCGGCUGUUCCCCUCCGCCGCGGGCAGAGGCGCGAGUUCCGACGCUCUCGGCGCGCAGGGGAGGGGCGCCAACAGUCCGCUGCGGGUGGUUCCGGGGAAGGUUGUGGGGAGGCGUUUCGCCGGGAAGAGCACGCGCGUGCACCCCAUGGCGGGGGAUGAGGCGGAGGCGACUUUUGGCGCGGCGUUGACCCCGCAAUCCGCGCAAUCCGCGUAUUCCUCAAGCUCCUCUGCUUUUUCCUCGCUCUCUUCCGCCUGUCCCAUCUCACUUGCGCCUACUCCCUCCCCCACCUCUAUCCUCCCCUCGCCCUCGCUUGUGUCACACUCUCUGUCACGCACACCCGCACCCUCCACUCCCUGCCAUCUUACAAUCGCUGCUGGUGAGGAGAUUGGGGAAAGGCGCUGCCCCCUCACGCCCACUUCCGCGGAAAGCAGCUCGUUUUCCGCCAUGGGCGCGGGGUGGGCGCACGUGGGCGCGGAGAGGGGCAUCUGGGGGUGA